AUGGUGCGCGCAACCAAUCAUCUCCGGCUCCUCAUUGCCGCACUCGUUAUCCUCGUCGCCGGCGCCGAGGCGCAGAAAAUGGUGUGGGUGGGGGGUAACAACGGCCGGUGGCUGUCUCCAUGGGGAUUUGGAAUGAAGGACUGGAAGGCACCCAAGGUGUUGCCUGGCGACCUGCUAGUGUUCCAGUGGAUGGGUGAGGUACACUCGGUGGACAAGGUUGACGUGGCAGAUUACACUGCAUGCACUUUCCUGAACGCGAAAACGCUCGCGCGCAAUCGUAACUACGGAAUGUACAUCUACAAGGUGGUAGGCAAAGACUACGGCAAAACCAUUUAUUUCAGCAGCAAAGCCAAUAGUGACUGCAGUGACGGAAUUAAGGCGUCAUUCACUGUUGGAUAG